AUGGAGGCCCUCCCUGGGGGCCCCCUUCCUUCUGUAUCUUUAUCAUCAGACGAUGCAAUAGUAUUAUGUGAUGGAUGUGAUGCUGCUGUUCAUCAAAGUUGUUAUAAUGUUGGUCCUCUUCCUGAUGGUGAAUGGUUCUGUGAGUAUUCGGUGUGUUUGAGGUUUGGAUCGUUGACACGGAGGCAGCAGCACUGCUGCAACGAGCAGAGAGUAACGGCAUUGAUAUUCCCCCUCUUCCUCGUAGUUGUGUUUUAUGCCCAAGAAGAGGAGGAGCACUUAUACGCACAACUGAAGCACAUUGAGCAACUCCAAUCAGAGGAUUCUCUAUGGGCAGGACGUCUUUCUUCUUAUCUAUUAAAG